UCGGUACUCUCUCUCCAUGAAUUUCUAUUUAGUCCUACUUCGGAUUGGUUUAUAGGAACUCAAUCUCACUUUCUCUCUCUAUAAAUUCCCAUCUUCUACUCUUUAUCUCUCUACUUUCCACUGUUUCUCAACUAAGAUUUUUCUGAAAUCUGCGAAGUGAUGAUGGAAAGCGCAAUCCCCACUCUCUCUCCUCCCUAUGAUGAAGAUGAAGUUUUGUUUAACGAAGUCGAGAUGGAGGUGGCCGACAUACUGCUCGAUUUUCCAAUUCUUAUAGCCAAAUUGGAGGCUCGUAUGCGGUGGGGUACCAAAAGAAGGAGAUCGGUGUUAGAUUCGCCACCGUCGCCGUCACUGCCUCGGCCGCCGCAGAGAACAGAGAGAGGACCCAAAUUUGUCGUCGAGACUUCGAGUACGGCGACUUUCCUACACGGUGAAUCCGGCGAGAGGCCCCAGCACUCGCACAAGAACGUCUCCAAAAAAAGGUCAAGAGAAGAAUUGUUGGGAAUUAUAAAUGAGUCAACUCAGCGCAAACAAUGUCUAACUGAGUCGGUAGAGAAGGUGAAAAGACACUACGAGGAGUUAUUGGCUACCAAUUUAACUCUUAAACAACAGCUAAAUUUUUGGCGUGAAAGAGGUCAACCCCAAAAUCUAGAGUUGGAAAUAGGGCAUGGUCAAAUUCCAUAUCAGCAGUCUUUCAUUGUGAAUCGGACGAUGUAUGGGGGUCCUAGGCUGGUGGUCCCACAUGUUAUUCCUAAUAACAACAACAACGUGUCUGCUAAUGAUUCAUUGGUUCCACAGCCGUUCGAUCUGAUGACUAGGUUUGUGAUGAUGGGUAACAGAGCCAAAGCUGCUGAAGCAAGAAAACACAGGAUGAUAAGAAUGAGAGGGAUGAAGCUUUGUUUUAAAAAAUUUGUUAUAUAAUUCUCUUUGUGUUUAUUAUUCUUGAUAAUAGGUGGAAUUACCAAUUAAGGACAUUCCAUAUGGGAUAUCUAAAAUGUACAUUUGAGAAACUCUAUAAAAAAUUUGCCCCAUUCUUA